GAAUCAAGCAGCAAGAAAGUGGUUAUUUUAAGCGAGAAAUAGAUUACGUGCAUUGCAUGGACACUUGCAAAAAUGAAUAUGAUCCACAAUUAAAAUGGAUUUUUGUUUAUUGCAACUUCCGGGAGUUGCAGCUUGAGUGCUACUGUUAUUUAUCUUUAAAUAUUAAGUACGUGUAUUACUGUGUAUAUAGGUUUUGCUAUUGUUUUUGCUAUUAAAAAUGAAUGCUUGGAUACAGGCCUUUUUACUUUAUUAAAACACCCGCAAAGUUAUUCCGAAUUCAAAAUCGGAAGACGAUCUAACACCUGAAUCUUUACAACCAGAUUGUCAAUUGACGUAGAAGCUUAACGCACUGCAAAACGUGGCGUAGAGCAUUCUUAUAGAACACGACCAAUUAAUUCUUUACUGACUGAUAGUCUUUGGUAGAGCGUUUGCUUCCAGUGAGGCAGGUCUUCGGUUUACACCCCGGCCGAGUCAUGCCAGAGGCUAUAAAGUUCCUUUCUGCUUAGCACUUAGCAUGAAGAAAUGAUUGAUAUCUUAGGCCGUUAUUUAGUUAUGCGAUUGCUGUGCUUGCACAACUUUUGUAGAUCGAAUGGGAGCUAGGGCUCCCUUCAAUUAAAAGAAUUUUUCUAAACGUGAAGGCACUGAAAUUUUGCGUUUUUAUUACAAAGAUCUUAUAGGAAGUUAAUUGUCUCAAAAAAUCAAUUACAAUCAACAUAACCCGAAUGAAAGUGUAAUUUGGAAGAAGUGGUUUUUAGUUUAACACACCUGCCAUAACAGCACUAAAUGUAGAAUGCUCUCCAACACGGUGGCCAUCAAUUUUAUCAUGAACAGCAGAUAAUGCCGACCUUUGACAACAAUAUAUUACGUUAAUAUUCCUUUUUAAAUUAGCUUAAUAGUUUAUUACAAAACUUAUGGAAUAGGGAAAAAUUUAAGAUAUUGUGACGCUCACCAAUCAGUUUACUUGAUCUUUAACGACGAGUAAUUUGAAUUAUUAGCCUUUCAUAUGGAAGCAUUGGGUAUCCGUGGUAAAAAAUGGAUUUUGCCUGUAUAAGCGUGAAUUUCUUGACAGUAUUUCUUUACGUUACGGAUGGAGCAUUAAAGGAUUGCCACUUGUUUGUGCUUGUGGCAAACAAAAUUCUAUUGAGCAUGCAUUGUCAUGUCAUGUUGGUGGUUUCGUGAAUAUUCGACACAACGAACUGCGCGAUCUGAUGGUUACCUUAUUGCAGGAGGUAUGCAGGGACAUACACUGUGAACCUCCCCUGAUUCCCCUGACCACUGAAGCAACUGAUUUUCCCCGUUCUGCAGUUACAGACGCAGAAGCAAGAGCUGACAUAAGUGUAAGAGGUUUUUGGCAGAGAGGACAACGAGCAUUUUUAGAUGUAAGGAUUUUUAAUCCCAUUGCUCCAAGUUAUCGACGCCAAACAAUGUCAUCAUUAUUUACUUUUCAAGAAAAAGAGAAAAAAAGAUCUUAUAACAGACGCAUCAUAGACGUCGAACAUGGGACGUUUACACCUCUAAUAUUUAGCAUCAAUGGGGGUAUGAGUCGAGAAACAAGUGUUUUCGUAUCCAGACUAGCCGACAUGAUCGCGGAAAAAAGAGAUGAAACAAAGGGAGAAGUUGUAGCGUGGCUGAGACGCAAAAUUUCGUUUAGUUUGGUGCGUUCGGCAAUUCUAUGUCUGCGUGGUUCCAGAAACUAUUCCGUCCGUAGCAUGUGCGACGACGACGUUCGGAUUACAAAUGAGUUAGCAAUAAUCCGAGAAAGUUGAACUGUUAAAUCGAUAUUUUAGUUUAUGUUGUGUCGUUCAGUAAUGUCAACUAUCAAUGUUUUUUGUUAUCUUUCCACGUAUAACGUCUACGUCCUUUAGUGUUGUAUUGUAAAAAAAUUAUUUAG